AUGCUUCGUGUCUCACAGCCACCCGUGCUCAGAAAUGAUACUUUCGAAAAACUACUCACCAAUUCCUUUGUGAAAAACGAAGAACACUUGGUGAAAAACGUUUGGAAGAAAGCGGAUGCAGUGUGCUUUGACAUGGAUGAUACGGUGGCUGUGGGUGAUUCGAAUGCGGAAAUCGCCGAGUUUCUGGGAUUUGGCGACAUCGCAAAAGCCACUCAAACGGCCAUGAAUGCAAUUCAUAAACCCUUGUCACUCGAUAUCAUGGAUCGUUUCGAUCGAAUGCGGCCGAGUCGGCAACAAUUGAACACUUUCUUAAAUCAAAGGAGUUUACGGAUAACUUCAGGAGCCAAGCCUUUGAUUAAACUAUUGCAUGCACAAGGAAAAGAAGUCUUCUUGUUGACGAGUGGUUUCUACGAAAUGGCGUUUCCCGUGGCCGAAUUACUGGGAAUUUCACGGGAGAACGUCUUCGCGAACUCGCUUCUUUUCGAUGCAACAGGACAAUACCUCGGCGUGGAGACCUCCGUCACAAAAGGCGAUGUGAUUACGAGAUUGAAGAGGGAGAAUCGAUAUGAAAAUGUGGUGAUGAUCGGUGAUGGGACGAAUGAUUUGAUGGCUUGCCCGCCGGCUGAGGCUUUUGUCGGAUUUGGAGGGAAUCAGGUUCGUCCAAAUGUGCUCGCCGCCGCCAAAUGGUACGUGAUGGAUUUUGAGACGCUUCAACGAGAAAUUGAGAAC